CUUUAUGAAGGCACACUCUAAGGGCGAGCACAUUUGGGGGGUGUGCACUUGAUGUGAGGUGUUGCUGGCUGCCAUUGCCUUUUCCACCGCCGACAUACAGGUCAGGACUCCUGUGAGGGCAGAGGAUCAACACCCACCUCUGGGGGCUCAGAGGAACGAUGGAAGUUUUGGGGUCUCUCAGGUUAGAAGCGAGUGGCACCGUGGUGACUCUGACCCUGUUUGUGGCUCUCUUGGCCCUCCUGAAAUGGUAUUCCACGUCGGCAUUCUCAAGACUGGAGAAGUUGGGCAUCAGACACCCCAAGCCCUCUCCUUUUGUUGGAAACUUGAUGUUUUUCCGCCAGGGUUUUUGGGAGAGCCAAUUGGAACUCAGGGAGCGAUACGGGCCUCUGUAUGGGUACUAUCUUGGUCGUCGGAUGUAUGUCACCAUCUCUGAACCAGACAUGAUCCAGCAGGUGCUGGUUGAGAAGUUCGCUAACUUUUCCAACAGAGCGGCCUCCGGUCUGGAACCCAAGCCGGUAGCAGACAGCGUCCUGUUUCUACGCAGCAAGAGAUGGGAAGAAGUCAGAGGUGCCUUGAUGUCUGCCUUCAGUCCUGAAAAGUUGAAUGAGAUGACACCUCUCAUCAGCCAAGCCUGUGAACGUCUCCUGGCUCACUUAAAACUCUACGCAGCAUCAAGAGACGCAUUCGACAUCCAGAGGUGUUACUGCUGUUACACCACAAAUGUGGUGGCCAGUGUGGCCUUCGGCACCCAGGUGGACUCCCAGAGCACGCCGGAAGAUCCCUUUGUGCGACACUGCCGGUGUUUCUUUGCUCUCCGUGUCCCGAGGCUCCUCCUGACUUUCAUCUUAUCAUUCCCAUCCAUAAUGGUCCCAUUGGCCCGGAUUCUGCCCAAUAAGAACCGCGAUGAACUGAAUGGCUUUUUUAACAAACUCAUUAGGAAUGUGAUUGCCUUACGGGACCAGCAAGCAGCGGAGGAGAGGCGGAGAGACUUCUUGCAGAUGGUGCUGGAUGCCCGGCACGCCACAGGCUCAGUGGGCGUGGAAGACUUUGACAUGGUCACAGAAGCCCUGUCCUCCGCCGAGUGCACAGUGGACCGUCCCCAAAGAAGAGGCCACCCUGCAUCCAUGUCUAAGCCUUUAACCACGGAUGAAGUUGUGGGUCAGGCCUUCCUCUUCCUCAUUGCUGGCCACGAGAUCAUCACUAACACCCUCUCCUUCAUCACCUACCUGCUGGCUACCCACCCUGACUGCCAGGAGAGGCUCCUGAAAGAGGUGGACCUCUUCAUGGAGAAACAUCCAGCCCCUGGGUACUGCAGCCUACAGGAAGACCUGCCCUAUCUGGACAUGGUGAUCGCAGAAACCCUGAGGAUGUACCCACCAGCUUUCAGAUUCACACGGGAGGCAGCACAGGACUGUGAGGUACGGGGACAGUUCAUCCCCGCAGGUACAGUGCUCGAGAUAGCCGUGGGUGCCCUACACCAUGACCCAGAACACUGGCCACACCCUGAGACCUUUGACCCCGAAAGGUUCACAGCAGAGGCCCGGCUGCAGCAGAGACCCUUCACAUACCUGCCCUUCGGAGCUGGCCCCAGGAGCUGCCUCGGGGUGCGGCUGGGGCUGCUGCUGGUGAGGCUGACACUACUCCAGGUCCUACACAAGUUCCGCUUUGAAGCCAGCUCUGAGACUCAGGCUCCACUUCAGCUAGAAUCCAAAUCUGCCCUAAGUCCCAAAAACGGAGUCUACAUCAAGAUUGUGUCACGUUGACACAGAAGGCAAGUGGAAAAGAAAACAGACACCUUGUGAUGACGACAUCUGCAAAUGUUUGGAGGGCACCCAGGAUUCAAACAAAAGCCUCUUGUGGAGAUGAAACUGUUUAAAGAAAUAGACAUCUUAGGGUGAUUAAAAGGGUACGUUGCACACGA